AUGCGUUCACUCAUAUCCCUCUCUCUCUUUUUCCUCUUCGCAACCUCCCUCGCAGCCCCCUAUCAAACCCGCAUCCUCGAAACAGGCACUACAUUCAACUCCCCGGAUCCCUACGGCCCAUGGCAAAUGAUCCCAUCCUCCCCGCCGAGCCUAGCAUACAUCAAAACCACCAACACAGGCACCGGCCGCGUGGAGGUACACAUCGCAUCGGGAUCCUCACGAUACCAGUCCCGCACACUCGAAGUCGGCACGACCUUCGUCUCCGAAGACAAUGGCACAUGGCAGCUCAUUGACGCGGAUGGCGACGGAGUGCCGGAUCUCGUAUACAUCAAGACGCGCAACACGGGCACGGGACGAGUCGAGGUUCAUAUAGCGUCGGGGGCGUCGAAUUACCAAACUCGCAUCCUGGAAGUCGGAACGACGUUCUAUCCCGAGGAUGACGGGGUGUGGCAGAUGGGGCAUUUCAACGGAGACGGAAAGUUGGAUUUGAUUUAUAUCAAGACGAGAAAUACCGGGACGGGAAGAGUCGAGGUGCAUGUUGCGUCUGGGGCGUCGAAUUAUCAGAACAGAGUUCAGGAGGUGGGGACCACGUUUUAUCCUGAGGAUGAUGGCGUGUGGCAGAUGAGGGACUUCAAUCGCGAUGGACGUCUGGAUCUGGUGUACAUCAAGACACGGAAUACAGGCACCGGGAAGGUCGAGGUGCAUGUCGCGUCGGGAAGUUCGACGUAUCAGACGAGGGUGCAGGAAGUGGGAACGACGUUUUAUCCGGAGGAUAAUGGGUUCUGGGAGUUGGUGGACUAUAAUGGGGACAGGGUGUUGGAUCUGGUGUAUAUCAAGACGAGGAAUACGGGGACAGGCAGGAUUGAGGUGCAUGUCGCAUCGGGGAGGAGUUGA